UCCCCCCCUGGAGUAAUAAAGCCCCAUCCGGGACGUAAUCGCCCGCACCACUCGCACGCACCUUCUUCCUCUUUCUCCUUUCUUUCUUUUUCCUGCUUCUCCGGCUUUUUUUUGUUAUUCUUAUUCAGUGUGCCAUAUCCGAAGUAGGAUUUUGCCCCUGUGCAUUCAAUCGCAAUUCUAACUGGCGCAGAAAGUGCAUGAGGGCGAAUAUUAGAUUAGUAUACCACGCAAUAUUGCGAUCUCACUGCCGUGCCAUCACAUGCAGCACCGUAUAGUCCUCUCCAGCUUCGACCGCAAGACACCGGCCAAGUAGGACACCCGGCGCAUUCUUCUUAGCAAGACAUAAUACUAGAUCGGACCUCACCACCCCAUUACAUAUAUUGACUGUAUACCAAACCCGCAAGUGGAAAGGGAAGCGACAUGCCACCGUUAGCCCUUCCCGCUAGAGCCGGCACCAUGGCAUCCAGCAACCCCAACAUCAAUGGAACCGGCGCCAACAGCUCCACACGUAUUGUCACCAAUGGUGCCGAUGGCCCACAACAAGAAGAAGAAGAAACCCAGAUGAACCUCGACGCCACAACCUGGGACCAGAUCAUGGCCAAGUACUGGGCCUCCACUGCCGCCAACCGCGAACGCGAAGACGCCGAGCUGCGCGAGGCCUUUGCCCGAGAGGAACGUGAACUAGCUGAUCGCCAGCUAAAGCUCGGUCAAGAGCGGGUCAAGCUGCUGGAGCAACUCAAAGCUAUUGACCAGCAAUGGACGGAGAUCGAGGCGCAGAGGAAGACCAAGGAGAAGGAUCAGAAGAGGAGGUGUGAGACGAUUCGAGAGGAGAGGGAGAGGGACGAUGAGUUGAAGAGGAGUUGGUUUGAGGAGAACAGGAGGAAGGCUGCAUCGGGUGAGAAAGGACAAGACCCGGCAGGUUUGGCCAUGUUAGCGAAGAAGGCCCAGGGCGUGGCUGCUGUGGCCGGUGGUGAACUUUGCAAUGGGAGUGGCUCGACUUCGGGAUUGUCGUCGCAGCGGGAGACGCCGCUGAGAGAGGAAGCACAACAACGGCAACGGCACGCGUUGCCUAGUCGGCCUAGGGAAGGCGGUAGGACACCAAGCGAGGAGCACGACAGGGCACAAGAACUUCAGCAACAACUACGCAAUGAACAACAGCAGCAGAAGGAGAGGACUGAGAAUGGACUGGAUGGAAAGGCCGUGGACAUGGACAAACUGCCCAAGGUUUAUAAUGGUGCGGGUACGUGCGUCGGUCAUGUGCGGCCCAUCAACCUAAGAAACCACUUGACUAUGCAUAUCCAGCAGCAACCGAUUAAGCGUCACGUACAGACUCGCCAGGGACGGAACUUCACCGCCGAGACGCUGGAAACCAUCUACGAACCGAGCGACAAGAAGGGCGCCAAGUGGUUGAGCUGUUGGAUUCAAGCUACGGGCCAUGUUCAAGAAACCCCUUGCGCGUCAUGCACAACUCGCCAAGGCGUCUUCCCGCAGUGUAUCAUCCUGGACGCCGAGGGCUUCCCCCGGUGCGGUAACUGCGAGUGGAAUCGCCAGGGAUGCAGUGGUGCUUCUAAGCAUGCAGACCACGAGAUGGCCGAAGCCAGCCCAAAGGCCGGGAACGGAGAGGUGGCUCAAGAAGCUCCCGUUGUUACCAGUGGCUUUAAAGCUGUGAAUGGCACAUCGGCGAGCCAGAAGACCGCGAAGGUGGUUAGCAACGGAGAUGAGCAGCCAGCACGAUCCAAACUGCCCUCGGGGCGCAAGUCCCUUCCGAGCACGCGCAAGUCCAGUGUGCAGCCCGAAUCAAUCGCCCCAACGCCCCUGGAAGGCAGUCCAGCGCCCAACGACAGCGAUCACGCAGAAGAUCUUCCUCCCAUCAACCUGGCAAACCUCGCCCUCCGUGACGACGGGACUGUUUUUACAGACCCCCCUUGCAUGCGCGGCGUUCCCCUCGUCAGGAUCGGCCCCGACCAUCCUUAUUGGGAUCCCGAAUGGGUCGCGCUCGAGGAGCCGAUCCAAGCCCAACUCGCCAAGUGGUCGGAAAAGUACGAAAAGUUGAAAAACGAGGGCGGCGCGGCGUCGACAAAAUAUCUGGCUGGUCGUCAACAAAACAGGGGCAAAUUGGUUUUGGACUUUCUGGCAAAGGGAGAGUUCCACCCUUAUCAGCUCAUGGCAAAGCACCUCAUCAACAAAGCCUACAUAGGUUAUGAUAACUUGUACCGCAUGGUGCAGGUGCUGGAGGAACUCAAGAGGUUCAAGCAGCUGGAUGUUUCACCUUCACAAUGGCUUAGACACCGAUUACACGAAAUCCACGAAGAGCUGGGCGAUAAGUUCAACCUCGGAAAGGCGGUGGAGAACCUCUACUCGGACCCCAAACUUCGGCUACUUCGCAGCGAGAGCGGGUUUGGCAAUAUUGGUCGGCCGAGGGGCUACAAGCCUACGAUGGCUGAUAAGGGAGAGGAUGGGCCAGCUCCCAAGAAGGCGGCCAAGGGGACGAAGAGGAAGGCGGCUGCUGCUCACUCGACAGAUGACCCUGCCAACCAGUCAGAAGAGCAACUUCGUGUCGUAGACCACCACCAAGCCGCCGACACAAGAGCCCCAUCUUCCCAUUCCUCACCCUCUACUUCAGAAGAAAUGGGUCAUCCAACCCAUGCGAUUUCUAAGCCUCCCGCAGCCAAACACCACCAGCCCUCCCCCUCCGUGACCCUCAAAAUCCAAGCUCCCCCCGAAGAUCUCUACUACGAAGGCUACACCUCGGACGACUCCUACUCGGGCGACAAGAUCACAGAAGUCGACUGGCGGCUAUUACAAGUUCGUCACCGGGAAAUGACCACCAACACCGGUAUUACACAAUACUGGCAUUGGCUGGGCGCCGGCGAGGACUUGACGGGUCGCGGAGAGGAAAACUGCUUUGAGCACCAAGUCCUUAAAGAUGUCAAGGGCCGUCGCGUGACGUGGGGCGUCUACAAGGAGCCGAUUGAUUUCCAUCUGAGGUUGGACGAAAUCGAGGAGGUGGUGUAUGCGCCUGAGGGGAGUGGGUGUUUGAAGAUUUUGAUUAGUGUGAAGAAGGAUGCUGCACAUCAUCAUCAUCAUCGUCAUCAUGGGGAUGAGGAGGAGGAGGAGGAGGCGCAGGAGGCGCAGGAGUCGAGGGGGGAUGUGUUGGCUUGGUUUAAGCGGGAGAGAACCAAGAGGAGGUUUUUGAGCUUUUUGGUGAAGAAGGGGAAGCGGGUGGUGAGGAGUACUGCGGCGUACGUGGAACAAGCUUGGGAUGAUAUGGACUCGGUUGUUUUGCCGCAUGAGGAUGAAUAGGGUUUUGAGAUCCUUCGGGGAAAAAGAACUACCCAUGGUUGCUUGCCCAUGAGCGCGAGGAACACGGUGGGUGGUGGCGAUUGGUGAGAAAUUGUCAGUUGGGAAGUUGUGAAGCGCGUCAAAAAGGUUCCACGGAGGGAUAUGCUUUUCUUGUUUUUUCUCAUUCUUCUGCUCCAGAUGUUUUGCUUCACGGCACUCUUGGUUUGCGUGGCCUCGAUCCAUAGAUCGGCCGAUCGUGGUUUUACUGCAUUUCCUGACUUUCCUGGUUUUCUUCUGCAGGCGGUUGUGCUGGUUGGUAUGGAGUUUGGGAGUUUAUGUUUUUCUUAUUGUUCGUUUUUUUGUGUUUCCUUUUUUUUCUUCCUUGCAUUCACUACCGGGUCUUUUGUGUCUAAACGCCGGGAUAAAGUGGUAGGAUACAAACGCAGCGUCAAGGGGGUUGGUGAUGGUGGUGGUGGUGGUGGUGGUCAGUUUACUGCUUGCUUGUUCCGGGCGUUGCUGGUAUGGUGGGUGGAAAGACUGGAUUUGAAAAAUUUUCGUUUUGAAGAGAGAGAGAGAGAGAGAGAGAGAGAGAGGGAAGACUGGAGUGAUUCAUUAUUUAGGUAGCCGAGUGAAAGUAGUGGAAGGUAAUUGAUAGAGAUGG